AUGUUUGGGCAGAUUGAUGUACUCUCCUUGCCAGGAGCUGAGCUGAGAGCGUUAGAUCACUCAUCGGAUAUGAAUACCAUGUUUGCUGAUCUCUUCCCUUUGAACAAUGGCAGCAACACCCAGGGUCAGAUGGAGCCGACACGUUCGCCUUCAAACAUACCAUCCCAGCCUAUGGUCAGGACAUAUGGCAGCGAACAGGAUAUUUUGAAUGCAUACUACGACUUCAUUCACCAUUAUUUUCCCAUACUUCCACCACGAGUCGCUCGGCGCUGUCCAGAUAGGCCAAUCAAAUCCGCCGGUCACUAUUCGUUGUCUCCUUCUGAAGAGCCUUUACUGGCAUACAAACCGCAAUCCCCCCUCAGUCUUGCAAUUUCUGCCAUAUUAGCCCUGGUGCCCUUUCCCGACGAUCCUGAGCCGUUGUCUCCGGUUGCUGUGAUACGACGUAGAACUUACGCUCAUACCUUUGCGCAACUAGCUAAUGCUGGUGUUGAGGAAGAUUGCGAAUUACAAGCUUCUUCGACGGAUCCGUCCCAAGCAUUAGCGAACAAUCGACCCAGGAUCAACCGGGAGCCCUUGCAUCCACGGACACCUGUGGAACUUGAAAGCCUUCUUGCAUUGCUGAUCCUCUGUGUAUAUGAAUAUACACAACGAGGAAAUCUGCUCAAAAUGAGGUAUCGGGCUGGCCAAGCCUUGGCAAUCGCGCUGGACAUGUCUCUUCAGUCGCUCGGGGAGGAGCAUGAUGAGUGUGCAGAGGCUCGGCGGAGGGCCUGGUGGAUGACGGGAUGGGCCGUUUUGAUGCAAGCCCAGCAAGUGCUGGCGUCCGCAACUCAAUUCGUCAUCGACUUGAACAAAUGCAUGUCAACUGGCGCCAACAUGACCUACAUAUAUGAAAGAAUGCAGCAACUCGAUGCCUGGGCUAGCUCCGCAAUAGCACAAUCCAAUCUCCUUCCAAUGGUCCCUCAAUCCAUGGGUUGCGGUGACGAAGUGGAGUAUACAACCGCCCAUAGCAUACGCGCUAUCGCGCGAAUCAAGCUUUCUAGGGCGUUCUCGGAUAUUCCACUAUUCAUCAAGAAGCAUUGCGACCUGACGGCAGCUAAUCCCAACAACAUCAUAACGGGUGAUUCGGCGUCCAAGGUGUCCAAAGAACAGGACGGUAUGGCGAACCUCUCGUUUUGCUGCAGCAAUAUGGACUCCUUCCGUCCACCGCCAUCUACAUCGAGUGAUUGCACAGGUUCCGCCUCAUCCUCCGGCUCUGUCACAUCCGAUUACCAUUCCAUGAUACCAUUCUCAUUCACCAGCGGCUUCCCAUACAGCAGCCAGCACUCCGCCAAAGUCUGCUUGAAAGCGUCUCUUACGAUCUCGCGUAUGUUCCCGAGCCUGCCCCUGCCACAGCCGCUCUACUCGUCGAGUGGCAGUAACACACCCAACCAGGGGCUGCCCUCAUCGCCGCAAAAGCAGCUACCGCGAACAAUGCCAUCGUUCGCAUGCUGUCUUAUGCAAGGAAGCUACGCCUUGUUGAUGAUAUACUACAAAGCGACGGUGGAGAAACAAAUGUCGCCAGAUUACGGGAAUGAAUCCACAAACAGCGCCUCAUAUCGACUGAUCCAGGAAAUUCGUCAAGGCUUGGAGCGUGUUAUUGAAACCGUUAAAAAUUAUGCGAUUGCUUUUGAGGCGUUGGAUGGCAUGAGAGGUAGGCAGCUGUUUCUAUGA